UUACAUCGCGCACGCACCCGGCGCACACUGCGCAGGAUAAAUCUUGAUUUAAAAAUUCAACUCUUUCACACGUAUGAAUCCAGAGUGAGAUGGAGCGAUAGUGUUAUUAAGACAUUUGUUUGUUUAUUUUGUGAUUAUGUGGAAGUAUACAGUUCUAUUUUCUGUGUUUAUUUGUUCAUAUGGAGUUAAAGCUUCACUCUCAGACCAGUUAACAGAAACAACACAGCUAUGUUGCAAUCAGGGUACAACAUACGCAAGAAACCAUACAUCCGAUGACUGCUCCUCAUCAAUACCUCCAGAUGUUCCGUCAGCUUUCGGCACCCUCUGCAUAUUUGCUAUGGAUCAGUGCUGUAAAGAAUAUUUUCAGAAAAAACGAGACUGUGAAAGCGGGAUUGAAUCAGCGAUCAGUACCAACACUUGUGGAAGCACCCCAGAUUCGUCUAAGAAAUGUUGCGUGCAAUGUGUAAGGGGAUCGUCAGUUGGAAAGUCCCGUGGAAUAGCAGCGUGCAAUGCAGUCGUUGACGGAAAAAGUGCAGUAGAGUUAUUAGCUACUGACGUGUAUACAGAAUGUUGUAAGAAAGCAGCGGAGAAAGCAUCGGGUACUAAGCCAACUAGACCUGCAUCUGUCUCCAUAUUCAAGAAGGAUGAAGAAGUUUAUUCAGUGUGCGAGGAAUACGCUCCAAAUGAAUUGUGUGCCCAUCAUUGUAUACCGAUACCAGGUUCCUAUAAAUGUGAAUGUAACCCUGGAUUCAUGCUUAUGGCUGAUGGACGGAACUGUAAAGAGGUGACGAAGAAUAGGUGUAAACCCCACAACCCGUGCCAACAUAAAUGUAAUGAUAAUGGCGUUGAGGUCAAAUGUUCCUGUAGAAGAGGAUAUCGGCUUAUGGACGAUGGAAAAUCUUGUGAAGAUAUAGAUGAAUGUCUUCUUGACACACCAGUGUGUCUGACGAACACACAAUGUCACAAUAUUCUCGGUUCGUAUAAGUGUAUACCUGUGAAACACCCUAAAACGCAGGACAAAGGCCAGUGUCCGCCAGGGUUCGCUAGGAAUUUGAUGAAUCAUGCUUGUGAUGAUAUAAACGAAUGCAAACUACCAUCACCACCAUGCCCCGAAUAUUUGUGUGAGAAUACGAUUGGGGCUUAUAAAUGUGGAGGUAUGUCUGGGGACCCACUUACACCCCACAAACCCACUGAAGAUAGAUGUCCCCCAGGAUUCAAAAUGGGAGCGAAUGAGGAAUGUUAUGAUGUCGACGAAUGUGCAACAAAUAAGGAUGAUUGCAAUAAGAUGUCUCAGUUUUGCAUCAACACAAGAGGGUCGUUUUAUUGUCAGGACAAAGUGUCGAAGCAUUGUCCGCCCGGAUUCAAAACUGAUCCCGCCACUAACAAAUGUGAAGAUAUUGACGAAUGUGAAGAUGGACAAGACAUUUGCAGACCGGACCAAAUAUGUGUGAACAUCCUUGGAGAGUAUGAUUGUAAACCUAAAAACAGCAAAUCAGUAACCUCGUGCCCAGAUGGAAUGAGAAUGAAUCCAAGUCGUCAAAUUUGUGAAGAUAUUGACGAGUGUGUAGAAGGCACACAUCUUUGUGACCAGUAUCAAAAUUGUUUGAACACAAAUGGUAGCCACGAAUGUAGAUGUAAAUUGGGUUUUGAAUUGGACCACACAACUGGAGCGUGUACUGACAUCAACGAAUGUGCAACGGAUCAAAACACAUGCAUCCCACAAUCACAACGUUGUGACAAUACAGUGGGGUCGUAUUUAUGUAUUCGGUUUAUAUCCUGUGGGACGGGGUAUAUUCUACACCAUUCUUCUAGCACUUGUGAAGAUAUUGACGAAUGCGCAUUAGGCACCCAUAACUGCGACCGAGCAGGCCCGGAGUAUCACUGCGUGAAUAUACCUGGAUCGUUCCGUUGCCAGCGUAAGCCGAAAUCCACCACGACUACACCUGAACCGGAAUAUGAAUAUGUAUAUUAUGAUUCUGAAGAAGAAAUAGAAGACGAAAAAACGAAUUCAACAACUACAACACAACAACCAGUAACAACACAAGUCAUUCCCAAAUCAACUGAGCCGGAACCAGAGCCCAAACCGGCUGUGCCAGAGGUUAAGCCAAACUUGACAGAACCCCAACCAAUCGAGCCAGAAGUCAAGCCAGAUAAUACGAAACAGAAUGAAAUUAAACCAGAAGGGAGACCAAUUGAUACUGGAAUAAACCCAACUGAAGCAACCGAUAGAGACAUAUACCAUGUUGAUGAAAAUGAGUUAGAACCAAGACCCGAUAUAGAAAACUUACCAGAAACUGAAGCGACAUCUCCAAAAGUUGUUGACAUAGUGGUUGGUGAAGAAACUGCCAUAGUUAAAGGUGAAAAGAAAGAAGAUGGGUCAGUAGUUGUGAAUACUCAAGAUAUUCCCAAAAACGAAUGGACAAAGAUAAAUGAAACGCCGUCAAAUUGCCAACCAGGUUUUGAAUCCGAUGGUAAUGGAGCUUGUUAUGAUAUAGAUGAAUGUACAUCAAACAGACAUACAUGCUCAGGAUUAACAGAAUCGUGUAGAAAUACUAUGGGCGGUUACCUAUGUGAUUGCGCUGUUGGAUUUAGAAGGGACUUCGGAUCUGGUGCUUGCAUUUACUAUGAAGUACCUUCAUCUACUAAUAAACCUUUGAUACAUCCCUUACCAUUUACAAUUCCUACUAUGACAUCAACAGUUACUACUACGCCUUUACCUAUUCCUACUAGUCCACCAACAACACCUACUAUUCGGACCUAUCCUACCACACCUUCAACUAUUCCCAUUCCUGAAUCUACAACUCCGAUUACUACACCAACAAUACCAUCAACAAUUGCAUCUACAUUACCAACUACGCAAUCAACAACAACAUCGACUACCCAACCGCCAACAACGCCAACAUCGACAUUACCACCACCUACAGCAUCUACCAGGCGCUACUUCUGGGGUUACCCGGACUACCGAAAAACCAAUCGUCGGCCAUUUAAAGCCAUGACGACUUGUGAUACCGGUUACCACUUUAAUUCUCAAAGCGGACAGUGUGAAGAUAUAGACGAAUGCACAAACGGAAAAGCAAACUGUGCCUCUGUGGAGAUAUGUAUUAACACAUUGGGGGGUUACCGGUGUGAGUGCCCCCCUAAUUGGAAAUUGGAUCCUGACAGGCAACGCUGCGUACCAUUGACGACUAGUAAUCGGUUUCCUAGUGGCUACGGAAACCGGGUAAGACCCGUUUACCCAGACCCCCAGGAAAUAAUACCACAAACAAAAGGCGGUGGUAGAGUCGCGGAGCCGGAAGUGACUCCAUUAGGACACGGAAAUGUCUUUAAGUGUCCGUGGGGCACACAAUUGGCUGAUGAUAAUACUUGUCAAGAUAUUGAUGAAUGCUCAACUGGUGAUGCUAAGUGCGGUCCCUUGCAACUAUGCACCAACUUGCCUGGUGGAUAUACCUGUAGCUGUCCCCAAGGGCAUAAACUCAUCGGCGAUCAUGAAUGCGCAGACGUCGAUGAAUGCGAUCUAGGAGGAAGUUCCCCUAUAUGUUCUCAAAAUGCUGACUGUCUCAACACUAUUGGUUCCUACAGAUGUCAAUGUCAUGAAGGUUUCAAGGCGGCCCCCAUUAACGAUAAGGUGUGUGUAGAUGUUGACGAAUGUAUGGAGGCCCCGUCUGGGUCCUUGUGUUCUCAACGAUGCAAUAACGUUUGGGGUGGAUACAGAUGCUCUUGUCACAGAGGAUAUAGGCUAAAUCCAGAUAACAGAACCUGUUCAGAUGUUGAUGAAUGUACGGAGUUCAAGUCUAAACACCUGUGCGUGGGGAAGUGUGUGAAUGAGCCAGGAAGCUAUCGCUGUUUCUGUCCAUCUGGAUAUCGGCUGUCAGAAGAUAAGAGGAGUUGUAUAGACAUAGACGAAUGUGAAACUGGUAUAGCGCCGUGCGCAAGCGGCGGGCAAUACGAAGGCGCUUCGGACGUCUGUCUCAACACCCGUGGUGGUUAUAGGUGCCAUCGCAUAUCAUGUCCUACUGGAUACCGCCUGGAGAGUAGGCAUCGCUGCACCAAGAUUCAAACCUACUGCCCUCCGUCGGAUUGGGAGUGCGCGCAUCAACCAAGCACAUACUCAUACAAUUUCAUUACGUUUGUCUCCAAACUCUACAUACCCGAAACACAGGUCGACUUAUUUACAAUGCGUGGUCCGAACUGGGCUUACGCUAAAAUGCGUUUCCAACUACGUCUUGUCGAUGUUAACGCUCCGCCAUCUGUGAGUCAAAAGGCGGAUAUAAACUCAUUCUUAUUGACCCAAACCGGAAAUCAGGCGGUGAUGUCCUUAGUUCGUUCCCUGGAAGGGCCACAGAGUAUUGAACUUGAGUUGUCUAUGGAGCUGUACAGUAGAGGGCAGUUUGGUGGGAUCGCUGUAGCCAAGCUUUAUAUUUAUGUAUCAGAACACGAGUUUUAAAGUUUCUGAAGUGACAGAAAAAGUUUUAGAUUUUUUGGUUUUGAGGCCUCGGAUAUUUUAUCAAACUAAAUAUUCGCUGACGCUAUUUAUGGGAAUAUUUUGUCUUUGAUUUUUCGAUUAAUCUUAAUCCACGCAAAAUUAAAGUAAUCUGAAUUCUAUAUUACUUUAUGUAAAGGAAACAAAUGUUUAUGAACUUUCUAAUCAGUUCAAUCAGUGCCAUAAGAUUAGAUUUACUUUAGUCCAAUCCAAUAACUGCAUAACAGAUAAUCUUACUUAAAAAACAAAUUGUUUAAUUCUUUAAUAAUGUGUUGUAUUAUCUGUAAUUAAAGUCUAAUUUUUUUACUUA